GCUAAUCGUAUCCUCGUGACAGCAGGAGAUUAGUUUGUCGAGAGACUUUACGUUGAUUCGUGACGUGCGGCUGUACAUUGUGGUCGUAUAGUCGUGUCGGAGUUUAAUUAAUAUUUUUUGUCAACUGAAUUCUUGAAAUUCUGCUCCGUUGGGCUCCGCUGAAGGCGUUUCCUGUUCUGUUAGCUUUGUGUUUAUUAUUAGCAUCCGCUAGCUUCCGCUGAGCUCGUGCGUAUUCCUCAUUGGUUGGUACUUCACUAACCGUCGGACGAGUUUAUUCACCAAAACAACAACAGAAAACACGCGGAUAACAUGUUCGGACGUUCCUCUGACUCUUUUCGGCCUAACUUAAUUCAGCAGACCUGCAACCACCAGCGGCUGUGAGGUUUGACCUGCCAGUCAGUGGGAACCACCUCGACGCCGGAGAGGCGCAGAAUAUUAACAGUUAAAAUCAAACGGAUGGUUCUUCAUUGAGGAAGUGGUUGAAAUUUGGUAGCAGCAAACAUGGUGGAGCCAGCGGCGCAUUCUUUUACGUCCGUGGAGGAGGAGAUGGUGUUCUGGAAAGAGCAGGCGCAGAGGCACCAGCAGAGGGCCGAUGAGGCUCAGGAGGAGCUGCAGGAGUUCCAGCAGAUGAGCCGGGACUACGAAGCAGAGCUGGAGACGGAGCUCAAGCAGUGCGAGGGCAGAAACAAGGAGCUGCUGCUGGAGAACAACCGACUUCACAUGGAGCUGGAAGCUAUCAAGGAGAAAUGUGAAGCCAGGCUUUCUGAUGCUUUGAGGCACAUCACAGCCCUGGAGGAGGACCUGACCCAGACCCGAGCCGUGAAAGAUCACCUCCAAAAGUAUAUCCGGGAGCUGGAGCAGGCCAACGACGACCUAGAGAGGACUAAGAGAGCAACCAUCAUGUCCCUGGAGGACUUCGAGCAGCGCAUGAACCAGGUCAUUGAGAGAAACGCCUUUCUAGAAAGUGAGCUGGACGAGAAGGAGAACCUGCUGGAGUCCGUCCAGAGGCUUAAGGAUGAAGCCAGAGACCUUCGGCAUGAACUGGCUGUAAGACAGAGGGAGAGACGACCGUCCAGCAGUCUGGGGAGAGACGCAGACCGCCCAGAUCUGUCCCAGAUUAACCCCUCUGCCCCCGUCACUCCCAACAAACCCAUCAGCUCGUACAUCACCCCCCCUGCCUCCAGCAUCCGGCGAGGUGAUGGUCUAACAGGGACCCCCCUCACCACAUCAGCCAGAAUAUCUGCUCUUAACAUUGUUGGAGAGCUGCUGAGAAAAGUUGGAAAUUUGGAGUCAAAGCUGGCGUCCUGUCGAGACUUUGUGUGCGACCCGCCCACGAGCAGAGCGGCGCUUCCAGAUGGUCGCGUGAGUCCUGCAGGUGUAGAGGGCGGUCCUGAUCUUCACAGUAGCAGCUUGAGUCCUCCUCCUCAGUACGACAGUUUGGUAAAGCGGUUAGAGUUCGGACCAGCUCCACCCAGAGGCAUCUCCCAGGGACCCCAUUCUCCACAGGGAGGUGUCAAGAUCCUUUUAUGAGAAGGCAUCAGAAGGGAACCCCCCCCCAAAUCCUCCAACUAAAACUAAAGGACUUUGAGCCGAGGGUUCUUUCAUUCUUGCCUUAUAAUACCUGGUCAUUAAACAGAAAAGCUUCCUGA